AUGACCGUGACACACCGGAAGCGGCAGCAUCAACCUGAGGAAAUUCAAAGUGAGUCUGUAAACGAGCCCGGCCUCCAGAUAAACUGCGACGCAUGCCAGUGCGACCUCACGCAUUCUAUUCGAAUAAUAUGUGCGGAUCAAGCUUGCGAGGAUGUAAAUAAUGGGACAGAUAUCUGUCCAUCCUGCUUUUGUGCAGGCAAGGAGUUUGGGCCGCACAAGAGGACCCAUGCUUACCGCGUCGUCGAAUUGCAUUCGUAUCCCAUCUUUACUGAAGAUUGGGGUGCUGAUGAGGAACUCCUGCUACUUGAAGGCAUAUCUCUCCAGGGUCUAGGCAAUUGGCAGGCUAUUGCGGAACAUGUCGGUACUCGGACCAAAGAAGAGGUUGAGCAACAUUACAAGUCGGUGUACAUCGAGUCACCGAAUUGGCCCCUGCCACGAAUGGAUGCACAUUUUACUGUCGAACCGGAAGAGUUCCACGAACGCAAACGCAGGCGAAUAGCCUCGAUGAACACCAAUCCGCCGCCAGCGCCAAAGAUGGCGCCCACAUCCGCACCAGGCGUGCACGAAAUCGCUGGCUUCCUACCCGGUCGCCUUGAGUUUGAGCACGAAGUAGAGAACGAAGCGGAAGACUUUGUCAAGGACCUCGAGUUUGGUAUCUGUCUCGAGUGGGGCGGCGGCGAGAUCCCAGAGGACGAGAACGACCUGGACGUCAAAGGCCGCGCCCGCAUGCUCGAGGAGGCCAAGAUGCACGAGUCAACACCGGGGAAGCGCUUGCCGAAUGGCUUGUCCAACGGCGUCGUCAAUGGGUUCCACUUUCCCAGCCAACCGCCAAAAGCGGAGAGUCCGCCAAAGAAUGACAAGGGCGAUGAGAAUAAAGACGAGAAUGUCGAUGAGGAUGCAGAAGAGCCUACGCAGCCACCGCCGAUUGAGACGAAGGAGUCGCUCGCGUUCAAGCUGACGCUUCUAGAGAUGUAUAGACAACGGGUCGAAAAGCGGCAGGAGGCCAAAGCCCUGAUUUUCGAGCGUGGGCUCUUGCACUAUAAGCAGAUGCAGGCAAACGAAAAGAAGCGCCCGAAGGAGGAGAAGGACAUCGCACAUCGUCUGCGUCCAUUUGCUCGGUUACAGACUGCAGAAGACUACGAAGCUUUCGUAGCAGACACCAUCUGGGAAGCGAUGCUCCGGAAACGUAUAGCGGAACUGCAGCACUACCGCCGGAUGGGCUUGACCAACGCUGCCGACAUCGAGAAAUAUGAGAAUGACGCACAAGCGAGAACGAACGUCACAAGGGACUAUUACCCCGUCGAGCGCCUCAACCUUAGGACCGGCAGCGCCCGUCAAUCUGCAGGUCCCGACUCGACGAGAGGAUCUGAAGGUCCCGAUGGUGUGCGAACGGCCCCAGCUUCCGCGAGUGGGCCCAGCACCGCCUCAGGUCGCAAAAUCCCCGCACCCCUCAACCUGGCGAACAGCCCGUCGCUACACCUGCUUACGCCUGAGGAACAGACGCUCUGUUCGCAGCUCCGCAUCCUCCCGAAGCCCUACCUCGUCAUCAAGGAGACCCUGGUGCGCGAGUACGCGCGUCGCGGCGGCAAGCUGCGCCGUCGCGAGGCGCGCGACCUGGUCAAGAUCGACGUCAACAAGACGAGCAGGGUCUGGGACUUCCUGGUGCAGGCCGGCUUCCUCCGGGUCGGCAACGCAGAUCCGAACGCCGUCGUCAACGCGUCUCAAUCUCAGGAGAACCGCGUCUCCGCCACCCCCUCGAUCAGCGCGUCUCUGAGCAAAGAGUCGCAGCUCAAGUCACCCAAGGCCGCGUUCACGCCGGCACCGCCGGGCCUCACGCCUUCCGCCUCAUUUUCGUCGAUAUUGCCGGGCACGUCCAGCGCGCUGGGGCGACCGGGCUGA